AUGUCUCUCCUACACAAAGUCCUAUCCAGUUACAAAAGAAUGGGUAGAUCCAGUCUUUGGCUUUGUGACAAUGAUGAUGGUACUUUCGUUGGACAAGACAAGCCGGCACAGGGAUUUGAUAAGGAAAUGGACCUUUCUGGAGAGCAGUUAGCACUCACCAAGAUUCGUCAAGUUCACGGUAUUGAGUGGGUUGCCGCCACCCAUCGAGAGGGGCGUCGUGAGUGUUUGGAGCCAAAGAAUGUAGCUGUAAUGGUUGAAAUUGGAAAUGAUACCCAACAAGGGAUUUUGAGUAUGGAACAAUAUCUGAAAACGCAAAAUUAUGAAGAAUACGGAGACAUGUGGCGAAAAAUAAUCAAGAAGGAAGAUGACCAGUAUUGGUCGGAUGCCCAGGUGGUUGGUUACGCCUUCGCCGUAUCUGGGGGUUUCCUUAUGGGCCUACUGUGGAAAUGA